AUGUUAUUAAAUGAGAAGAAUUAUCUGAAAAAAGUACGUCCUUCGAAUACCGUCAUCGUCGAUAUUCGAUUCGUUUUCAACCAAAUUGUUUCCAUGGUUGAAAAAGAACAAAUUAUUGUUAGUAAUUGCUUUGUAGAUCAAAAAUGGACAGAUUCUCGACUUGUUUGGAAUCCAUUAGAAUAUAAAAAUGUUACUUGGAUUCGAUUACCGGCCACAUCUGUUUGGUAUCCGGACACGUUUUUGUAUAACACAGCGGAUAAUGCAGGUUUUCUUCUUCCACAUGAUUCGCAGAAUGUGAUUGUUAGUCAUAAUGGUACUGUCUUCUGGCCGUUACCAUUGGCCCAACUUCGUACAAGAUGUCGAAUGACGAUCAAACAUUUUCCGUUCGAUGAGCAAUCGUGUGAUAUGAUAUUCGGGUCAUGGAGUCAUACGAGUUCACUGAUUCAUUAUCGGUUCUGGGAAAAAAUUCCCGAAUUACCGCAAUAUACGCCCAAUAAUGAAUGGAGAUUAUUAGCUGUUUCACAGUCCAUUCGACAGAUCGACUAUCCGAACUGGGUGGAACCGGAUACAUUUUUCGAGAUUAACUUCACAAUUCUGAUCGUUCGAAAGCCUUUGCAAGCUAUUUAUAACACUGUUGUGCCGGCACUAAUGCUAACAACGUUAACAUUAGUUUCAUUUUUUAUUCCUUUUGGUCAAGAGAUGCAAAUCGGCAUUAGCAUUAUGUUGGCCUACUCCGUAUUUAGUUUACGCCUUUCAGAAGAUGUUCCAUCACAAAGCGAUAGUGUGCAUUUGAUCAGUUUGUAUUUAACAAUUUGUAUGUUAUUUUCACUUUCGGCUAUGACAUGGUUUGCUAUGGUUAAUAAACUACGUGAAAAGAAACGUUUACCCUAUUGGUUGCGUUGGUUAGCACUCAAUUAUAUUUCCGCGAUCGUUUGUGCGCAAAAUAUGCAUCGAAAAGCCGUUCGUGUGGCGCAUCAAUCAUCAAAAACACCUUCUACUAAUCCAUCCUCGCCAUCCGUGAGUGUUCCUUUACAACCAUUACUAUCACCGAAUCCAACGGAGAGUGCUAAUCAUAUCUAUCAUGAACGCUCGUCACAUGUGUGCCGUCCGUCUGCAACAAGUGUUCGGCAACCGCACGAUACAAGUCCUUCGUCACCCGUCUGGGUUCGCCGACCGCUAAUAGCUAAUCCUUCGACCGAACUCAAUGGAUCUGAGAGUAAAAAAAUGAAAAAUUCCUUUCGACAAUCGAAGAAAACCAAAGACUCAUCAGCAUCGAAAAAUCAAGAAAGUUUAUACGCUAUUUGUAUAAUUAAUCGACUAGUGUUUCUCCUAUUCUUCUUAUUUGUCGUUAUUUUCAAUAUUUACACAUGGUUUUUCUAUUCUCGUGCGUUAAAAACGAAAUUACUCGAUAAUGCAACACUAUGGACGUGUUUUGAUGAAUCCCGUUUGACAGUUGUCAGUUGUAAUGAAACGAUUUAA